GAGAGAAUGAGAGAGCGAGAGAGAAAGAGAGAGAGAGAGAGAGAGAGAAAAAAAGGAUUUGCAAUUUCGAUGGUUCUCCAAACGAAUCUUGGUACGAAGCUAUGUAAUUAUUUAUAAUAUUUAUAAUUUUAUAUAAUACGGGCAUAGUCGCAUUAGUGAUAAAUUCCAUGUUGAAUUUCAAAACUGUUAUUAAUAAUAAAAAAGGGUUGAGUUCCUACGUAUUUCCACUUUUACUUGGACUUUGAAAGAGGUCCAUUUUCGACCGCUUCUUUGCGAAUAAAGAAGCGACAUUUCCGCUUGUACAUUCGCAAUCAGCAUCGAAACGAUUGCAAGGUGAAAUUUCUCGCCGUUUUUAAUUAUAGCUUCGUCGUUUUCGAAUGAACCGAACGAUUAGAAAUCCCGUUAGACAAAAUGAACAUCUCCUUUAAUGCAAUAAUAGAAAUUUCGAAUCUCUCUGUUCGAACUUCCUUCUUCUUCUUCUUCUUCUUAUUCUUCUUCUUCUUCUUCUUCUUCUUCUUCUUCAUCAUCAUCAUCAUCAUCAACAUCAACAUCAACAUCAGCAUUAACAUCAUCAUUUUCUUCUUCUUCUUCUCCUUUUCCUUCUCCUUCUAAUUCUUCUCUUCUUCUUCUUCUUCUUCUUCUUCUUCUUCUUCUUCUUCUUCUUCUUUUUCGUAGAUCGAAUCACUCUCGAGAGAUCAUUCUUCCAUGGAUCUAAUUAUUUCAAAAAGCGAACGAUCGUUUUUGAUCGCAUCUUCCAAAGAAUUAAAACGAAAGAAAAAAAAUUAAGCAGGAAGCAGCAGUUACGUGUGGUAUUAUCGAUCGUCUUCGCGUUCUUAUCUUUAGAAUCGAGAAAGGAAUAGGGAUAUAUAACCGGAAUAAAAUGAUCAUUGCUAAUUAGGUAGAUUCACCUUUUGCGCUUUUAUUUUAUUUGAUUUUUUUUCUUUUUCUUUUUUUUUUCUUUUCUUUUCUUUUUUUUUUUUAAUCCGUCGUAAAUGUCCGAAGAUUUUGUAUUUUGUAAGGGUAAAGGAAGAUCCAUUGGUUUUUUUUCCUUUUCUUUUUUUUUUUUUUGUUUUUGUUUUCUUUUUCUUUUUUUAACCGAUCCACCCGUAUGUCUUGGUUUGUACGAUGAGUCGACACUAGGUCGAAUAACCGAGCUAACGUCGGUCCGGGGGUGAGGAGGGUGCCGAAGAAGGAGGAGGAUCGAUAUCACGGCAGGGGAGACACCAGACUGAAAAUAAGAGGGAGAGUAGGAACCGGCGAUGAGGGAUAAGGAUUAGCAUGAAACCGUUGCGCCUCUUAAGAAAAAAAAAAAAAAAAAAAAAAAAAAAAAAAAGAAAAGAAAAUAAAAGGAAAGAAAAAAACAAGAGGGUUA